AUGUCAAUUGACUUCCUUCAGGGGACGAUCUCAUCGAUCUUCCCAAUCAAAGACCCCGUGAGCAUAUUCAUAGCUCUCAAUCUUUCCGUUUGCCUCGUUGUCUUCCUGUUUCGGAGAUGGAAGUCCUCCUCCAACCAAACUGCUAGACCUGCUACUCCAGACCUGGAGAAGCCAGCAUCAAGAUUUCACGGCCGAGAAAAGAUAACGCGACAGUUUGGCGAAUGGACGCCCUCGGAUUUCAAGAGACCUACAGCACCACCUUACCCAGACUGGGACGUUCAUACCUCGAAGCCGAUUCCGUAUCGGCCUUUUCGAUAUGGCCCGAAAUACUUUGUUACGAUGGGGUUGAGAAGUAUGAAGUGGGAUGAAUGGAUUGAACUCGACAAUCAUUACCUCAAAUACCACGCCGAUAAAAAGAAGCGCAUCGAAGAACGCGGCGAGAAAUGCUACGGCACCGCACCAGAAGCAAUGGACGGCGCCAUCGAACUACUCGAAGAACUAUGUGACUACCUCCCCGAACGAUACCCAACCAUGUUCCAAAAGACCCCAACGGGCAUAACCAACACCAUCACCCACGAAACCUUCAACAUAACCCAGCGCCCGCUCCCAGAAGACCCCAUGGCCACAGCAGCCCGUCUCAUCCAAGACGAUCUCGCCCUAAUGUUCGAGCGCCCGGAUGGCGAAUACUACCUCCUAGCAGGCGCAAUCCUCCUCGCGGGAUUCUGGCGGUUGAGUGACAAAUUCGGCAUGCCACUCUCCGAAAUCCACACCUCAGGAGAUGUCCCACAAUUCCGCGAGAAGCUACAGCGCGGGAUGAUGAAUUUCUUCCGUCGACUGAAACCCGAAGAACCCGUUCUCCGGAACAAUUAUUUCAUCCAGGUGGAUGAUAGUCUGGCGUGGUCGCAUAGUAUUGGGUCCGAGGAUGCGGAGACGGUGUCGUGGAAUACGGCGGAUAAGAAUAAGGCGAUUGAGCAUCAUUUUUUUAGGUCGGAGAGGCAGUCGCUUAGGAGGUUGCCAAGGUCUGGGGCGGUGGUGUUUACUAUAAGGACGUAUUUUGAGCCGAUCACGGAGAUUGUUAAGGAGCCGUAUGUUCCUGGGAGGUUGGCUUCUGCGAUUCGGAGUUGGGGGGAUGAUGUUUCGAGGUAUAAGGGGAAGGAGAAGUACGCGGAGGUGUUGUUGGAGUAUUUGGAUCGGAAGCAUGAGGAGCAGGUUAAGGCGGGACUGGAGGUGGAUAAGGAGGAUGAAGCGCGGAGUUAUCCUUUAUAA